AUGUCAGUUCCCAGUUUAAAUAAAACAUUUUCGCGCCAUAAUUUAUUGCAAUUACUCUCUGUUUUCGGCAACGAAGUGCCACAUCAGUCGACAAUUUCCCGUUGGUAUGGAAAAUUCAAACGUGGACGUGGGCAAGUCUUAGCGAUGCCAAAAGUCAUAACCGAGCUUCAAAAAAUCAACCCCGAAAGAAGAAUCAUCCGCCACCAAGACAAUGCAAGCUCGCACACAGCCCAAAAAACAAGGCAGUAUUUAACGGAGGAAAACGUGGAAUUAUUGGACCAUCCUACAUAUAGUCCCGAUCUAAGUCCUAACGAUUUCUUUACUUUCCCGAAAAUUAAAAACAGACUGCGUGAAGAAGCAGUUGACGCAUUCAAAAAUGCCGCUUUGGAUCUGCCAGCAAACGAGUGGAAUAAGUGCUUCGAAAAUUGGUUCGAGCGCAUGCAGAUGUGUAUUAAUCUUCGUGGAGAAUACUUCGAAAACCAAUAA